AUGUCCAACAAAAACAAUGUUUCACCAGACAAUGUUAUGGAAUUUGAAGAUGAACGUUUUUUCGAAUUUGUGAGAAGUUUUGUCGGCGAGAAGCUAGCUACUCUUCUCGAGUAUCAAGAUAUUAAUAGUGUACAUUGUCUUUUAGCAGCUGAUGAUCCUUUCGAAAUUUUAUCAUACGACUCAGAUGAUUUACUUGAUUUGAAGAAGAAAACAUGUAUAAAAUUAAAUACUAAUGCAUUUUCUGUUUUACCAGGCAUUAAGAGUAAGAUGAUAUUAUUAAAAAAUGCAUUAAUAAAAAAACAAAAUGAGUUAAAAAAAGAAACAAAAAAAAUGUCUUCAAAUAUUCCUAUGUCAAAUAAUAUAUCCUCUAUUACUUCAACAACCAAUUAUUCUACUAUUUCUGUAUGUUCAUCUGUGCACAAAUCAGUAAAUAAUUCUUCAAUAUCUGCCAUCAGUACAAAUUUUGAAGAAAAACUUUAA